UCAGCUCAGCCCCGAAGCUCUGCCCAGGAAGCCAACACGUUCAUGUAGGCACGAGCAUUAGAGAAGAGGAAACACACAUUUAAAUCCAAACAGGCUCAUCUGGAAGAAAACAUUGGUUUUCAAUGCAGCUAUGAAUUAAGAAAAUACAAAAGAAAUUUGAAUGCUUCUUCAGAAGAGAAAGCCUGGGAAAAAGAAAUACUGAGGAAGAGCAGCCAGCAAAUUCAGCAUGACGGAAGCCUACUCACAAGCCACGACUGAAUACAUUUACGAUGAAGAUGCUUUCUUCUGCAAUAAAACCGACAUCCAAGAGUUUGGGAAAAUAUUUCUGCCACUAUUUUACAUCAUCUUGUUUGCUCUUGGCCUCACGGGGAAUCUAAUGGUGGUUUUUGCCAUUGUGAAAGGCAAUAAAAAAAGCAUCACUGACAUCUAUCUCCUGAACUUGGCCAUCUCUGACCUUCUCUUUGUGAUCUCCCUCCCGUUCUGGGCGUCCAACACGGCCCGUGGAUGGACCCUUGGGACCACUGCAUGUACAGCUGUUUCCUCACUGUAUUACAUUGGUUUCUUUGGGGGAAUGUUCUUUAUCACUGCUAUCAGCAUCGACAGGUACUUGGCCAUUGUCAGGGCAACUUACUCUCUGAGAUCCAGGACAGUAAGACAUGGCCUUCUGGUAAGCUGCGGAGUGUGGGCAAUAGCAGUGCUAGUGUCGGUGCCACAAUUUGUGUUCUCCCAGCUUAUAGAAAAUUACUGCAUUGCUGUCCUCCCAGAGAAGCUGGAGAACAUCUGGCCAGUGUUCUGCAAUAUGGAGCUGAACACCAUUGGCUUUCUCAUCCCAGUCUGUAUCAUAUUCUAUUGCUACUGUGGGAUCAUCAAAACUCUUCUGUCCUGCAAAAAUCAGAAAAAAGCCCGAGCCAUAAAACUGAUAUUGGUUGUGGUGGUGGUUUUUUUUCUGUUUUGGUCCCCCUACAAUGUACUGAUUUUUCUGGAUACUUUAAAUCACUAUGAGUUAUUCACAGAUUGCAACCAAAUUAAGUCAUUGGACUAUGCAAUGCACCUGGCUGAAACCAUUGCAUUCAGUCAUUGUUGUCUCAAUCCUUUUAUCUAUGCAUUUGCUGGGGAAAAAUUCAGGAAAUACCUUUAUCAUGUCUGCUUGAAGUACUGUCCAUUCCUGUGUUUCUGUGGGCCCUGCAGUCACUACCAGGUCUCUCAUUCACUUAGUUAUGCAGAAAGUGUGGUGAACAGCAACGUAACCCAGAACACCAGUGACCAGGAUGGCUCUGUCUUCGUCUAAAAGGGUCUCAGAAGGAGAAAUGUAUCAAUACGUGUCUUCUGCAGGGAUAGCAGCCACUGAGGGGUUCCAUUUACCCAUCUGAAGAGCCUUAAAGGCUGCCCUGAAUUACUGACAUGCCUCUAGUUAACCAUUAAAGAUACAUACUAAAACAGCAAAGAUUUUAAAAACAAAAGCAAUACAAUAUGUCAGUAUUGGACAUGGAAUCAAGAGCAAGGAAGAGGGAAAGUAGAAACAAAAGGAGCGCUCUGUGCCUAGAAAAGGAAGAGAGUAGGGAACCUUUUGAACAGUUUCAUCACUGGAACUUGUGCAUGUGUCAGUGUAUCUGCAUGUGAUACUGAUGUACAUAGACCUAAACCCAUUUUUUAUAAGGGAAGAGAAAUCUCUUUAAUGAAUGGCGACUAAGUUUUAGGAGAGGGGAAUAUUUUUGAUAGUAAAGGGGUGUAUUUUUGAUGCUAUGUAUCCAUAAGGAAGUGAUUUUGUGGUUAUUGAUUGCAACAAAUGU